AUGACAGCGAUGGUCGCGACAGGCGGACCGGGGCGCGUGCAGAAGCGCGCGUCGAGCGGGACGACGCGGAAAAUCCGCGAACAGUUGAAUUUCUGCGACGAACGACUUUGGAAACGGUUCUCCGGUCGCCGGCUGGAGCUGAUCGACAAGUUCAAGCUGAGCGAGCGUAAGGCAAGCGAGCAGGACAAGAACAUCCGGCAGAUCGCGACGAUUUUGCGCACGGAAUUCGGGUACCCGUCGAGCUCGUCGCCCGAGUUCGAAAAACUGGUCACCGCUGCGGUGCAAUCGGUGCGGCGAAACCGGAAACGGUCCUCGAAAUCUCGGUUUUUGAGCACAGAAUUUGCCGGUGCUGCUGCCAUGGCGGUGGCGGCGGCCGCAGCGGCAUCCUCGCCUUCGCCAGCAGCGACCUUUUCGCAUUCCGAAGAGGAGACCUCGUCUUCGCAUCCAGCAUCGCCGCUAGGUCCGGCAGACGUGGGGUCCUUGCAAGUGACAUCGGAAGGGGUUGGUGUUGAUGUUGCACGCCAGGGCUGGCCCUUGCUGCAGCCCAAGCCGGACUCCGGCCACGUCGAACGCGCCACUCUCGCCCCGCCGCUGCCCUCGACUGCCUGCGGAAUGCACCCUCAGAACUGCGACGAACUCAUCAAGGCCAUGGUUGCAGACAUCGUGCACAACCGUGUUCCCUUGCACGACCAGUCCGGUCGGGACGCGGAUUCGCCCAAUCUCGCGGAUUUCGCCAUGUCCAGCAACGACAGCGCCCUUCUGAGUCUAGCUUUAUCUCGUCCCAUGCUAAACAAGCCCCCUGCAGGUGCACCGGUUUCUCCUCGUGAAGAAUUCAAGACCAAGUUUAGCAGCGACGGCUCCAUUCCGUACUUCCUGCGCGAGAAGUUAAUUCUCCACAUCCAGCGCUCACGAGCCUGCUUCGAAAUUGGCUCGUCGCAAGGCUCUUUGGAUUUGUAUACCAAUUUGAUGAUACUGGGUGAAAUGUCUACGAAAGCUUCGGUAGCAUUUGUCAUGGAAAGGUUUUUCUCUAAUUUGGCCUCUUCGUCCAUGGAAUACAUCACCACUAAGUUAAACUCGCCCGAACAGUUAGCAGAGGUGUCGCUGAAACUUUUUUCUCCAGCAACGCAACGACACCCCGGACAAAUGUCCAGAGACGCUCAAUUAAAACUACUGUACCUGUUGAUCGGAGGGAUUGUCAAGGAUUUUGGUUUCGAUCCCUGCAUUUACCCACUAGGCGAGGCCAUGUACGAUGUCAUCGUCAAACACUAUCCGCUCAUGUCACAACCUACUGUCGAGUCACAGCGAUCGGCGGUCAUGUCGUCGCUAUCGAUGGCACCCGCGGCUGCCAAUAAAGACGUGAACCGGCAAGUGGUUUUAAAGUUUAAGGGCAAGGAGCAGAGGUUUACGUUCCAUCUUUUGAGCAAUGGUUCUCCGACUAUUACAGAAAUUCUCGAGAACUCGCGUAAUUUGUUCCAGAUUGUGAGCCAAGCUAAAAACCUCUAUCUUUUGAAGGAAUCCACAUUGAUUAAAGACGACCUAGAGUUAUCCAAGAUCUUUAAUAGCUUCACCACGGAGGAAAUCAUCUUAGAGAUAUGUGAAAUGAAGGACGAGCCCUUUAGCGGGCUUACUAUUCUAAGCAAUGUCUCCGCGUCGACGUCCACGGGCAUAUCGCCAGUGGUCAAGCCGGAAACGUCUACAUCACCUAUCUCGACACCUACAUCGAACUCUCCGAUCGAAAACCAAGCCACGUUCAAAACAAGUGGAAAAGUUUCUCCACUACUCAUCAGAUCGAGUCAAAACAGGGAUAGAUUGACGAUCUCGAACAAGCCAGGAUUACCACCUUUGGUGCGACUUGAACAUCAGCGUGGUGCUUUUGAUAAUAACAAUUUACCACAACCGGUGUUCCAGCCUCUUUUGUAA